GUCGAAAACUAAUGAAGAUUUAUCGUGUUUGCGAAUAAAAUUUUAUUUUAAAUAUUUUAACGGACAUUUUCAUUAUCAGCACAAUGAUUAAGACGAUAAUUCUCGGUUGCCUUUGCGCUUGCGUGUUCGCCUUCCCUCAGGACAACGAAAGGCUCCAGCAACAAUACGAAAGGCAACAGCAACAAAGGGAAACCACGACUUUCAUUCCAAUUCUUAGAUUCGACAAACAGCAAGGAGAAGAUGGCAGCUACAAAACAACAUACGAAACUGGUAACAAAAUUUACUCCGAAGAUGCUGGAUACUUGAAACCUGGUGAGAACAAUACCGCUUCCCUUGUGCAACACGGUCAAUACUCAUACACUUCACCUGAAGGCGAAGUUAUAAAUGUUCAAUACACUGCCGACGAAACUGGUUUCCAUGCCACUGGUGACCACAUCCCAACUCCCCCACCUGUACCAGAAGAAAUCCAAAAGGGUUUGGACCUCAUUUACGAGGGCAUCAGGCUGCAACAAGAAAGAGCAGCUCAUGAAGCUAAGACCAACCCAGAAGCCGCCAGGUUACAAGCCGAGAGACAACAACAGGACUAUAACGGACAAUAUUACCAGCAAUAGAUUCUAAGAUUUAAUUAUAGAAUUUAAAUUAGUACUCUUAUUGCCG